UAAUUAACCAAACAGAUAAACUAUAAGUAUACAUGAAUCAAAUUAAGAGCGUUUUGAUUAGACAAAGACCAGCAAGAGGAGCGAGGUUGUUUUCAAAUUACAACCCACAAGACAUGAACUCUGAAUAUGAAGCUGUAGGUUCAGACCUACGUCAGAUGGCCAGCAGUGCCAUCAAAUUCCUUGAUGACUCAUUACAGAAAGAGUAUAUAGAGGGAAAAGAAGAAUUUGAUGUGAAAGGAGAAAUGAUGAUGCUUUUCUACUUCUAGUUUCACCAAGAAAUAAACAUUAAUCCAUGAAUCUUUGUAAUAUAUAAUUCAAUUU